CUAUUUCCUUCACAACAAUUCCCAAACACCUCCCAUCGAAAAUAAUAGACCAUAAGAUAUUCUGUAUUAGAAGUAAAAACAGAAAGAGAUAGCCAGAGAGUGCAAUUCCCAUCUACAAAAAGCCCAAUUCUCAACACCACCACCUCAACGCAACCAUGUCCCGCACCCGGGAAACGCCCAUAGUAAUCGGCGUAGGCGACAUCAUCAACCGCUCCGUCUCGCCCGCCGACGCAAAGGAGCCCUCGCAACUGAUCCACGAGGCCAUUCUCGCCGCGCUGGAAGACGCCGUUUCUUCCACCACCACUUCCUCCCCUUCAUCUUCUCGGCAAAAGCUCCAGUCAGCAAUCGACAGCAUCGACCUCGUGCGGACGUGGACGUGGCCGUAUCCCGAUCUUCCGGGAACCAUCGCGGAGAAGCUCGCCGUGAAGCCGAAGUUCAAGACCUACUCUGACCAUGGGGGUAACCAGCCGGGGAAGCUGUUCGACGAGGCAGCGAGGAGGAUUGCGAGAGGGGAGGUUAGGGUUGCGGUUGUGGCGGGGGGUGAGGCGUUGGCGAGCUUGUCUGCAUGUGCGGCUGCUGGGAAGCUUCCUCCGCCUGGUUGGAGCAAGCCUGCCGAGGAGGUGGACUCGGUGUUCAGUCCCACGAGCCGGGACCUUGGUGACAAUCCCGGCGCAAUCCACGACAUAGGCGCGCCCAUCCACGUCUACCCGCUAUAUGAAAACGCGUUCCGAGCCCACAGGGGCCAGAGCAUCAAGGCGAACCACGAGGAGAGUAGCAAGCUGUACGCGGAGUUCGCAGCCGUGGCGGAGAAGCUCCCCUACGCAUGGAACUACGGUAAAAAGGUCGACGAGAAGACCAUCAGCACCGUGGGGAAGAAGAACCGGAUGAUCUGUUUCCCGUACCCCCUCCUCAUGAACGCCUUCAACACCAUCAACCUCGCCGGCGCCUGCAUCCUCACCUCGACGACCUUCGCCCGCGCCCUCGGCAUCCCCCAAAACCGCUGGGUCUACCCGCUCGCAGGGGCCGGCACAAAAGACAGCGACGGCUUCUGGCAGCGGCCCGACUUCCACAGCUCGCCCAGCAUCUCUCUCUCCAUCGACGCCGCGCUCCUCGCCGCCGGGACCGCAAAGGCGGAAAUCGACCUCUUCGACAUCUACUCCUGCUUCCCGAUCGUGCCCAAGCUCGCAGCACAGCACCUCGGGAUCCCUCUCCCCGGCGACACCACCGCCGCCAACGAGGCGCAGAGGAAGAGCCUCACGCUGCUGGGCGGCCUCACGAGCUUCGGCGGCGCGGGGAAUAAUUACAGUAUGCACGCCCUCGCGGAGAUGACGCGCGCGAUCCGCGACGGGAAGGGCAAGAAGGGCCUCGUGCUUUGCAACGGCGGCGUGCUGAGCUACCAACACGUCGUCGUGUUGUCCAAGGAGGCGCGCGACGGGGGGUAUCUCGAGGCGAAUCCGCUCGAGGGGAAGGCGAUUGCCGAGGGGCCGGCGUUGGCGAGUGAUGCGGACGGGGAGGCGGUCGUUGAGACUUAUACGGUCGAGUUCAAGAGGGACGGGUCGCCGUUGCGCGGCCAUGUCGUGGGAAGGCUGAAGAGCGACGGGAGGAGGUUUCUGGCUAAUCACGGGGACGAGAGGACGUUGAGGGUGAUGGCGGAAGGUGCGGUGGAGAUUGUGGGGAAGAAGGGAUGGGUGAAGCAGGAUGCGGACCGGAAAGGGAGGGGACUGUUUGUGUUGGAGAAUGUGGGUGCGAAGAUGUAGAGAAGAAAUGGAUUCGAUUCAAUUCGUUGUGAUGGAUGGACACAUGGAGAAGGAAGCUAGUCACUGCUGCUACCUACAGUACGCAGGACUGCCAUACUUGUCGAAACGUUUCUUGUAGAAUAUGUCAUUGCAUGCAUACAAGAUCUAACAACUUCGCCCUGAAUUUCAUCUUAAUAUUCCAUC